AUGUCCCAAGCUGACGUCUCUUACAGUUGUGGCUCUUGUGGAUACCCUUUGAACUUGUCAUCAUCGAAUCGAAUCACAUCUAACAUUGCAUCUCAGUAUCAAAAGUCUGUUAAGAAAGGAUCAAUCUCUUUUUCUUCAGUUGAUCUUAGCCGAUUUACGCAGGUUGAUGAAAUAAAUUGUUUUCCUGUCCCUUGGUUUGGUCAUCGUUCAAAGACUAAAUUGCUCUGUCGCAAGUGUGGGGUUCAUAUUGGUUAUGGUUAUGAUAGAGAAACACCUGUUCUUUGUGGAUUUGAAUCUCCUAUUUCAUCUAGCUCUAGAAAAUUUGCCAUAAAGAUUCGUUCAUUACAACCUUCUUCAGAAGAAUCCUGA